GAAUCGAUUGCACAUCAAGAAAUUGCUCGGAUUGGGCUGCCGGGCUUCGUUGAUGGCCUUGGUGCUGGCUAUCUCAUCUCUGCACCAGCGGUCUACCACUUUGGCUCAGAGCCCACCAAGCGCAAGGUGUGCCCACAGCUCCUGCGUGGAGAGAAGUGGAGCGCUCUGGCCAUCAGCGAGCCCUUCGCCGGUAGCGAUGUGGCACAGAUCAAGGCGACUGCGACGCGCACCGCCGAUGGGAAGCACUUCCUGGUGAAUGGCGUGAAGAAGUGGAUCACGGAAGGCGCCUACUCGGACUACUUCGUCACCGCCGUCCGCACCGGAGGGCCCGGUGGCAAAGGUAUCUCUUUGCUUCUUAUUGAGCGUGGUGAUGGAGUCACCACCAGCCAGAUGAAAACCACCUACUCGAAAUGCGCUGGAACUGCCCUUAUCGUGCUCGACGACGUUCUGGUGCCUGUUGAGAACUUGAUGGGCAAAGAGAACGAGGGCUUCAAGCUCAUCAUGUACAACUUCAACCAUGAACGUUGGUUCAUUGUCCAAAACCUUUUGGGCCAAAUGCGUGCUGCUCUCACCGAUGCCUUCAUGUGGGCUCGGCAGCGCAAGGUCUUCGGCAAGCCUCUCAUGGACCAGGCAGUGAUCCGAAACAAGCUUGCAUCCUCGUUGGCUGCCAUGGAGAGUGUGCAGAGUUUCAGUGAGGUGCUCACCUAUGACAUGAACAAGCAUGGCCCCGUGAGUGAACGCCUUUCAGGGCCCAUUGCCAUGCUCAAGUUCCAAGCCACCCGAACCGCGUGGAAAGUGGCGGAUGACACCGUGCAAAUUCUGGGUGGCCGAGGUGUCACGCAUACAGGCAUGGGAUCAAAAGUGGAGGGUUUAAAAAACUUUGCAAAAUAUGCUGCAGUCUAUGGAGGCAGUGAGGAAAUCAUGGCUGACUUGACAGUCAAGCAGGCCAUGCGUGUCUUCCCCAAAACCGCACGACUCUGAGAGCCAGAUGGGCGUUCCUGUUUGACAUUUCGUUCCGCGAGUACCAUCGCACCCUUUGGCAAGAGUUCCUGUCGGAUCAAAA